AUGUCAGCUGUUGCGGCUCCACCCGUCGCGAAUGGGACCCAUGACGUGCCAAGAGAUCCUCGGGAUGCUAAUAUUGACCAAAGCCCCUCCCGCUUUACCGCCGUCAAUGGCAGAGAGCCGCCCGCGUCACUGAUGAACGGCCUUGCAGACGCACAUUUAACCCAUCGCCAUGAACGCGAAAGCUCCGCCGAAAGUCGACGCGCAAGUGGUCCUCAGAAACCCCAUGAACCACCCGCCGCUGCAAGUCAGGCUGAGCUUCGCAGAAACUCGACCGUUCGCUCGCCCAGUCUACACCGGCACAAACGGAAGAGAUCAAACUCGGAUGAUCCGCAAGCUUCGCCGUCUAGCUCCAACCAGAGCAUGCCUAUAAGCCCGAGUUCGAAGGCGGACGACAGCGCAACCCCUCACCCGCAGCCGUCAGAGACAAACGGUAUGUCGAGGGUGACCAUGACUCCAGAGUCUGAAAUAGGUGGGAGACAUUCCCAGCGUCCAUACACCCCGGCUGACAGAAUGGAAGAGUCUCAAAUGUCGUCGCACCGCCCAGCAUGGGACUCGCAACACUCCGCUCACGGCGAUCGAAUGCUCCAACCCAUGGACUCCUCCGACGCGCAAAUCGCCGAAGCGCUCCAGCGCGAGGCGCAAAACCAUGAUUCUCAAACCUCCUGGAAUAUGGGGCCAAACGGGAUCCCGGGUGAGUCGAUGAGCCAGCACCUAGCUCAGCUGGCACCCCACAGCCAGAAUCAGGUCGACAUGCGCAGCAAAUCCCACAGCCAGCCCCAGCUGCAACCCCAACCCAUGUCCCAGUCUCCAUCGCAAAACGACACGCCUCCCCAGUCCCAGGCGUCUUCGAACUCCCAGGGCGGCCCCAAGCGCAAGAGAGUGUUCAGCAACAGAACCAAAACCGGCUGUAUGACCUGCCGUAGGCGGAAGAAGAAAUGUGAUGAGCAACAUCCUGCAUGCAAUAAUUGCAUUCGCGGUAAUUUCCCCUGUGAAGGAUACUCUGUUCGUAGCACUUGGCAAAAGCCUUCUAAUCCAAAGGGUCCAGUUCCCUUGCAAUCAAAGGGCAACUUUGGCGAUGUUUCGCACCCCUUUACCCACGAAAUGAGUCCUCAGCAACAUGACGCCAGAGUCCCUCCCACCGUGCUCCCAGACAACAGCAAACCACGACCAGUACCCGUUGACGAGGCUGACCGAGCCGCAGCACAAUAUAUCAGCAGCCCUCCUGGCCCCGGCUCGAGGGGCCCAUGGGGCAAAAAUUCCUGGAGCUCCCAGGGCCCAACCACCUACCUUCCUGACGGCCCGCCGAAACCAGAGUUUAGAGACAGCCAGGGCCUCAAGGAGCUGUCGCGUGCCGAACAACCAAAGCCGGACUACCAGAUGGUCCAUCAGCCAUGCGACCUAACCCACAACGCGCAUCCCAAACCAGGCAUGCCUGUUUUCCAACCUGGCAUGGAGCAGCGACAAGGACCUCCACCACGUAUCGACCCAGCCAAUUACUCUGCCCAGGCGCGAAUGGCGCUAAACAUGGAGCCGCAUAUCACAUUUGACUCUCCCCCGAAGACAGAAAAGGAGAAGAUGCUCAGUGGAGAGCCAUACCGGCCCUCUGACCCCCAGCUUGUCCAGGAGCGAGAGCGUUGUAAAACAGCCCUCUGGCGCUACACGAAUGCCGGAAAUCCCAUCUAUGGCAUUAGCGCGACAGAGUCCACCAGACUCUUGAAAGAAAUCCUCAUGCCCACCCCAGACACACAACUAGAGAAUAUCCCUCCGCCGCCCCCCACCACCACCACCACCACCACCACAAAGUUGGGCCCGGGCGCCGUUGUGGAGGCUCCGUUCAAAUGCCACUACGGAUACAACAUCAGCGUCGGCGAAGACGUUCUCAUUUCCGAAAACUGCUUCUUCUCCGACGACUGCCCCAUCACGAUCGGCGCGCACACCUGGAUCGGCCCCAACGUCACGAUCCUCAGCUCCAUGGCCAUCGGCAGCAUGCAGGAACGCAAGGGCUCCCAGAGCCGCUACCAGGGCCGACCUGUCGUCAUCGCCGAGGACUGCUGGAUCGGUGCCGGAUGCACCAUCUUGCCCGGCGUGACUCUCGGAAGAGGCGCCUACAUCGCCCCCGGCGAAAUCGUCCGCUCGCAGAUCCUUCCGUACGGCUUUCAGGGACUGAAGCCGAAUUAUCCGUGA